GAUCCAAACUCCAAGUAUAUUUAGAUAAGAUACCCCUCUUCCAUGCAACUUCCUUUAACUCUACUUUGUCUUUUUUCAAUUGCAUGUGUGCAUCCAAAUUAACUCAGAAAAGAAACACAAGUGUUGUUCUGUUAUGGAGGAAACUUUUAUUUCUUCCAAACCAAGUGGCAAUGAACAAAGCAUUGAUUUGAACCAAAUCACACUCCGACCUUUUCAUCUUUCUGACCUUGAUGAUCUCAUGGUAUGGAGAACUGAUGAAAAAGUGGCCAAGUUCUGCUCUUGGGAACCAUACACCAGCAAAGAACAAGGCAUCAGCUUCAUUGAAAAUAUACCAAACAAGUUUCUAUGGUGCAAAGCAAUAUGCCUUAACAAUCGUGCUAUUGGCCGUGUUUCUCUGAAAUCAAGAUCACCUCAUGAUAAAAGCAGGAACAAAACUGCAGAACUUGCCUAUGUUCUAGCCUCUAAAUACUGGGGUAAAGGAAUAGCCACGUAUGUUGUGAAACAAGUAGUUAAGGUUGCAUUCAGUGAGUUGUCACACUUGGAAAGAGUUGAAGCUUUUGUUGAUGUGGAAAAUGUUGGAUCUCAAAGGGUUUUGGAGAAAGCUGGUUUCCAAAAGGAGGGAACUCUUGGGAAGUAUUUGGUCAUGAAAGGAAAAAGCAGAGAUAUGAUUAUUUUCAGUGUUCUUUCUACUGAUCUCCAACUAUGAUUCAUUUGUUUGGAAAUCCUUUAUGGUAUUUCAGUUUCUUUUAGUGUUCUCUAUCUGAAAUAUCCAAACAUAACCUCAAGUUAGAGGUAUAAAUAAGACUUAUUUAUUUUUAUAAAUAAGGAAGGACCAAUUAAAUAAU